UUCAUUUUCGAAUAAAAUUCUUUCUGGAAAAGAAGAGCCAAUAAUGAAAAUAUUAAUAGCAAAGAAAGAGCAUUCCCAAGAUGAUGAACAAUGUCUUAGAGAACAAAUGGAAAUUAUUAGAAAAAAUUGGACAGAACAAUGGGGUAGUGGGCAAUUAGACAGGCUUAGACGUUUUGGAGAAAGUGAGGCAUUACAAGAACAACUAGAACGUACUCAGCGAUGGAUGGAGGAGUUUAAAGAAACUACAAUAAACAAAUUCUUCGAAAUUGAAGAAUCAGGAUUUGAAAUUCUGGACUCUUUUGAACAAGACAAUGAUUUUAUUGGACAACGGCAAUUAUUUACUAAAGCACCAGCAUUACAUUGGACAAAUUAUCCACGCGAAUCGGAUGUCCAAGUUACGUUUAAAUUUACGUUCCCAAAGGGAACAAUCCCUGAAUGGAUUUUUAGAGAUUGGAUUAAAAUGGCGAAAGAACAAGUUGAAUGGAAUUAUAUAUAUGAGUGGAACAAUGGUGUUUUGCUACGAGCUGAUGAACUUGUAAAAAUCACCUUAAUUCGUCUUCAAGGAGAACCUAAUAUUAUUGAACUUUCUGGGAGAAUAGACAUAGAAGAGGCUGCCGAAGAAGAAUUACAAGAGAGAAGGGACAGCAAUGAACAACAAAUUGAAGAUGGUCUUGACUGUAGUCCACCCUCAUGUCCAUUAAAAAGAGUUUGGCCUUUUUUGGUUCAAAUUUUUCAGCCUCUGCUUUCUGGCAUUGAUAGCUACAGAACACUUCCAUUUAAUCUAAGCCUUAUGUUUAUUGGUGAGUGCUUUUUUACGUGCCCAGAAGGUGCGCAAAAAUUAACUGCUCGUUCUCUGGAUGCUAUUCAAACUUUAAGUUCUAUACAAAGAAUUAAAAAUGUCCGGUUUAAAGCUGAUCAGGAUCAGAUUUAUUCUCUAAAUCUGGAUCAAUGCUUUCCAGACUUUCGACCUACCAAAAUGACUGACUUUUCACCAGCUAAUUACCCUCUAACAUUAAAACAACAACAAAAUCAUUCACAAACAAAAGGCAACACUAGUCCCCUCUCUCCACUAUUAUAUUCCUCCUCCUCAACCUCUGAUGAACCGGCAACGUCCGCUACUUCCCUAGGGGAUUCUCGCGUACAAUCACCACGAACUGUGACAGAGAAAAAACGUGUAGAUCGCUCACCGUCUUGCGUUCCUUCAUUUGAUUCAAAAACUGAACAGAUUUGUUCCUCUCCUUCGCCUUCUCCACAGCCUCAGCAUUGUUUGAAUGUGGAGGGAGGUGGAUACAAGUAAAUAAUUAUUUUACGCUAAAAUCAUAAAUUUGCUAGAUUCUUCCCUUUCUCCUUCCAUAAAAAGUUCUUUCUUAGUCUAGAUUAGAGCUGGUCGAGGUCGAGCGAAAAUUUUUAAAUUUUUGUAAGACUACGAAGCCAGAUUUCUUCCAUUUCUUACAAAAAAAGUCUAUUUUUAGGGGUGUAUAUUUAGCCUCUGCGAAGUUCUGG